AUGAAUAUCGACGAGCACCAACUGCCGACCGGCGGCCAGCACUACAGCGGCCGCAACCGAAUUCCCAAUGUCCACGAGUUUAUGGCACAGCUCGACAAGGAGAAGCGCGAGCGAGAUGCUGCCCUUGACGCCGAGGACAAGAAGAUCAAGCAAGAACAGCGCCAGCACCACCAGAAUGGCCAAACUGGGGACGCGAAAGCCCAUGUCCCCGAGAAGGACCACCGUUUUCGCAAGAGGAAAACCAAGACUGUGCGGGAUCCCGUGACAGGCAAGGAUGUCGAGAUAGAAAACGCAAACGAGGACUUCAAGGAGGUGGUCGAGAACCCCCAGAUUUCCGUGCCAAACGAGAACCUCGGAAAGUCAGCAACCGUUGCCACUUCCUCGAAGCAGUCUGGCGAGGAGUACCGCCAAGCUCAAGAUGUCACCGCACCACCCGACCCCGUCGAGCCCGGAAGCACGUCCGACGUACCUAUUCACAGUGAAAAGACCAAUGUCAACUUCUUCAAGACGCCAAGCGUCAGCUACGAGCCGAUGUUCGAGUCUUUGGAACGCAAGGCAAACGUCCUUUGUGCCGGCAUUUUCUUCGGCAUCGUCAUUGUCGGCAAGUUCUUUGGCGGCGCUCUCUAUGGACUCAUCCCCCUUGGUGCCUGCGUCGCGUCUGGAGUCUUUCUCUGGGUGAAGGAUCUCAUCACCCAGGGCAGAAACACGGAAUGGUCCAGCGAGCAGGAGCGUGGUGAGACGGCCACCAUCAACCUCGUCCCUGAAUCCGUCGAGUGGAUGAACACCGCUCUCGGCAUCAUGUGGAACCUGAUCAACCCCGAGAUGUUCGCCGGUGUCGCUGACACUCUGGAGGACGUCAUGGUUGCCUCUGUCCCUGGCGUUAUUGAGAACGUCCGCGUCGCCGAUAUUUCGCAGGGCAGCAACCCGCUGCGCAUCCUCAGCUUGCGAGCUCUGCCAGACUCCCACGUCAAAGAUAUCAAGGAUGAAGCCCACAAGCAGAACCAGAAGAACACCGACCCCAACGAGCUGGCCGCUAUGGAGCAGGCCGGAUCUUUCUACAACCUUGAAGCAUCCGUCGCUUACCAUGCUAAGCCCUCUGGAGCUGAUAUUUCCUCCAAGGCACGCAAUAUGGGCAUGCAGUUGGUGUUCUACCUUGGUGUUCGCGGCCUCUUUGGAGUUCCCUUGCCGAUCUGGGUCGAACUUCAAGGUCUUGUUGCUACAGCACGCAUUCGUCUCCAACUUACCCCUGAGCCACCAUUCCUGAAGACUUUGACUUUUACGCUCAUGGGCAUUCCCAAGGUCCAGGCCGGCUGCACUCCCAUGAUUGAAAAGGGAGUCAACAUCCUGAACCUGCCUUUGAUUUCUAACUUCGUCAACUGGGCUAUUGGCACUGCUGCUUCCAUGUAUGUCGCUCCCAAGAGCAUGACUCUGGACUUGAGCAAGAUGCUCCAAGGCGACGACAUCAAGAAGGAAACCCUUGCUCUUGGUCUGCUCUACAUCCGCAUUCACAAGGCCGUCGGUCUGAGCAAGCAGGACCGCCGCGGCAGCCAGGGUGGUGGCUCGGACCCGUAUAUCACCGUUGCCUGGAGCAAGUUCUCGAAGCCUCAGUUCUGCACUCGCGUCAUUCAGGAUGACCUGAACCCCGUCUUUGAGGAGAGCUGCGGGCUGUUGGUUACCGCCGACCUGAUCAAGGCUGACGAACAGUUGUCAGUCGAGCUGUGGGACAGCGAUCGCUCUUCUGCAGACGAUGUUGUCGGCAAGGUCGAACUCAGCAUCCAAAAGCUCAUUCAGCACCCUGGAAAGAUGUUCCCUCAGGUUUCCAAGUUGGCCGGCGUUAAGGCCGACAGUACUAUGCCUGGUGAACUCCACUGGGAGGUUGGCUUCUUUGGAAAAACUCAAUUCCGCAAGGCUCUUCGCACUGACGGUAAGGACGUCAACCUUCCUCCUGAGUUGAAGGACAAGAAGGAGCUUCAGGACGAGAAGGGCACCAUCGAGACCGCCGAGGAAGAUGCGGUUGUCCACACUCCUCCCGACCCACUUUGGCCUUCUGGUAUUCUUAGCAUUGUCGUGCACCAAAUCGUCGGACUCGAACUGGCGAACGUCAAGGGCUCCAAUGGAAAGCGCAAAGGACGUGAGUACGAGCCGGCCCGUCUCGAUGCUGGUGAUGUCAAAGAAGAGGAAGGUAGCAAGCUGCCCAGUUCCUACUGCACCAUCCUUGUCAACGACGAGCUUGUUUACAAGACGCGUACAAAGGCUGUUUCAUCCCAGCCCAUCUUUAACGCCGGUACCGAAAAGUUCAUCCGGGAUUGGCGAUCGUGCAUCACCACCAUCACCGUUCGCGAUUCUCGCAACAGGCAACACGAUCCCAUCAUUGGUGUUGUUCCUCUGAAACUCUCCGACAUCAUGCAGACGGGCAGUGAGGCCACUCGCUGGUACCCUCUAGACGGAGGUAUCGGAUUUGGAAGGAUCAGAAUCUCUCUGCUUUUCAGAUCCGUCGAACUGCGCCUGCCGCCCCCUCAGCUGGGCUGGGAAGUCGGAACAUUCGAGUUUACCUCCAACAGUAUGAACGCUACGAAUUACGGACACUUGAAGACCAAGAUUCGCAUUCGCACCGGCGGAAGCUCCGUCAGCGUCAAACGUGAUACUUGCCAAAAGCUGGAGGAGACGGAAGGAUACUCUUGGGACAUCAGCGGCGAGAACAACCACGAGAAGAUCCGUCUUCCCGUCCGUUAUCGAUACAGGUCUCCUGUCUUCUUCGAGUUUUACCCUCCCGGAAAGCGUCAUGCCGAUGCCUACGCAUCUUUGUGGCUGCAAUCGCUGCCCGACCAGGAAGAGCAGGACUUUGACAUCCCGAUUUGGAAGUGCGACAGAGGUCUCCGGCUCUCUCAGAACUACAUCACCGAAGACAACUACAAGGACAUCCCCGACAUCGAGAUUGAAGAGAUUGGACGCCUCAAGUUCCGUGGCCGCUUCUCCACCGGUACCGACCGUGACCACAUCAAGUUUGUCACUAGCAACGACUCUCGUGAGACGAUUGAAACUUGGGAAGCCUGCUUUGCUGAGGGUGUCCGUGGCGAGGAGGUGACGCCUGAGGUGCCCCCUGCGGUCCAGAAGCUUCACGACGAGUCUUUGACACAUGGACGCGACGUCCUGGCUCAAGCAAACCCCAAGGAGAAGGAGAAGUGGAUGGCCAAGGACGGAACGGACUGGAGUGGAGCUUUCGGCAAGGACCCUACGGCACUCAUGGAUGGCGAACAGGAGGACUUGAACGAUGAGUCACGCGACACCUUCGACGAGGACGAUGACAGCAGCGAUGUCGACCUCGGACUUACGGAUGCUAGCACCAACCCGGGCAGCACCAACCAAGGAAGCGAUGAUGCUCGCAAGUCUGUCGAUAGCGCCAACAGCGACGCAUCAUCCAGCGUCUCGAAGAAGAACAGCAACGGUCCUGUCCAGGCUUACAAGGACUACCAGAGCAGGAGCAGAGAUUUGCACCGCCAGCACAGAGGCCUGAUGCAGUGGCGUCCGAUGCGUAACGUGCAGUUCGCCAAGGAUGAAGCCAAGUAUGCUGUGCGAAAGAUUACGAAGCUUGGAUCUCUGAACGGACGUAAGCCAGAUGUCGAGACUGAGGUUUAA